AUGAACAAUUUUAACAUUUUCCUAAUUAUUGGUGUGGCAUUUUAUUUUGCUACCGUAACGUCUGGUUGCCCAAAUUGCAUACCAGUUACCGAUACCACAAAGAAGACCCAAUGCCCUAAUACCCCUAUCUGUUCCAAGCAAAAGCGAAGUAUUGUCUGCCCACCCUGUAUACCAGAUACCGAUAACGCAAAGAUCCAAUGCCCUAAAACCCCUAUCUGUGCCAAACAAAAGCGAAGUAUUGUCUGCCCACUCUGUAUACCAGAUACCGAUACCGCAAAGCAGAUCCAAUGCCCUAAAACCCCUAUCUGUGCCAAACAAAAGCGAAGUAUUGUCUGCCCACUCUGUAUACCAGUUACCGAUACCGCAAAGCAGAUCCAAUGCCCUAAAACCCCUAUCUGUGCCAAACAAAAGCGAAGUAUUGUAUGCCCACUCUGUAUACCAGAUACCGAUAUCGAAAAGAUCCGAUGCCCUAAAACCCCUAUCUGUGCCAAACAAAAGCGAAGUAUUGUCUGCCCACUCUGUAUACCAGUUACCGAUACCGCAAAGCAGAUCCAAUGCCCUAAAACCCCUAUCUGUGCCAAACAAAAGCGAAGUAUUGUCUGCCCACUCUGUAUACCAGUUACCGAUACCGCAAAGCAGAUCCAAUGCCCUAAAACCCCUAUCUGUGCCAAACAAAAGCGAAGUAUUGUCUGCCCACCCUGUAUACCAUUAACCGUAGCUGUCCUCUACCAAACAAAGUGUCCUUCUACCCCAUUUUGCAUCAGAGAAAAGCGAAGUACCAACGAUUGUCCACUGUGCAUACCAUCACAUUUGGUACACCACUACACUAAGCACAACCUUUGCAUUGGCACGCCUGUUUGUUCCAAGAAAAAAACGCAAGGCAAAAUGAAACGAAGCCCAGAUGUAUGUCCACUCUGCAUACCAUUUCAUAUGAUAGACUUCUACAAAACGCAUAAAUCUGAAUGCGCUACCAAGCCUAUUUGUGUCAAGAUGGGAGCAACAAAAGACAAGGUGAAACGAAGCCCAAAUGGAUGUCCAGUCUGCAUACCAUUUCAUAUGAAAGACUUCUACAAAGACCUGUGUCCUAAUACCAGUAUCUGCGUCAAAUCUAAG